ACCCUGUCCUGCCCAGAAAGAGGAAAGUUCCAAGGCAAUAUGAGGAGGGCAGUGCUAAACCUGAGUUUUUUAUGUUUGCAAGCAAGUUUAUUGCCAGCAAUAUUACGAAGCACUCGAUUCAAUAGUGAAUGCUUUCAAGCCAUGUUUGAUCAACCCGGAUUCAAAAUGUACCGCAACUUGCAGGACCUUUUGCUAAAGGCUGUCAAGGGUGACGAUUAUAGGGAAUGCCUCAACCAUGUCACUUCAUUGUAUCAUGAUGAUUUAGAUGCCCAAGAACUGCAGCUUCAUCUUGAAAUUUUGCAAGCCUACUUUGGUCUCGUAGACAAGACUUCUGUGACAGUGUGUGACAUUAGGGACUACAUCUUGAGUUUAUCUCCUUACGAAAGGGAUUUGAUGUCGGAAGUAGUCACCGUCCUUAAACUCACUAUGGUCCUGCCAUCUACAAACGCCGUCAGUGAGAGGUCAUUUAGUGCCCUCAAGAGAUUGAAAACGUACCUUAGGAGUACAAUGAAACAGGAUAGAUUAAAUCACCUACUCUUGUUGCGUGUGCACAAGGAUCGUACUGAUUCGCUGUCGUUGACACAUGUAGCUGAACAGUUUGUCAGUAGUUCUGAACAUCGAUUAUCAGUAUUUUAUUUGGACGAUUCUCGUAGCUGUAUAGUGUUGUUAGCCUUGAGUUAA